CUGCAGAUGAUUGGCUGAGCAAUCUGCCGGUCUUGCCAAUCCAGAGUAGCGGGCGGGUCGUCUCUCCAUCCCCAUGCUUCGCGAGGGCACGGACCAAGCUCAGAGCUAGAGUCUGAACAGCUGUCGUGCGCUCUUCCUUUUUUCAAAUUUGCAUUUAACUGAUUCAUUCCGUAGCUGUCUUGCUGUUUCUCGUUCUACUUAUGGGAAUUAACCGACCGCGCUUGAGUUUUUUGGAGUUCCUGUUACUACGGCAUGUUUGUGAGUUGACCUCCGUUGCGGUGCUGAGAGGUUGAAGAGCUGCGAGGAGAGCAGAGGUUCCGGAGCCCCACUGGAGAGAGAUGAGGAGGAAAAGGCUCUCUGUCACGGGCUUUCUACUCGCCUGGAAACUGAUACUGUUGCACGGUGUUGGUCAGUGUAAGGAGGUGGACAAUGUUGCGAGGACACGGCCGGCCCCAAUGUCUCCCUCGGAUUUUCUGGACAAACUGAUGGGCAGGACGUCGGGAUAUGAUGCCAGGAUAAGACCGAACUUUAAAGGUCCUCCAGUCAAUGUUUCCUGUAACAUUUUCAUCAACAGCUUUGGGUCCAUUGCUGAAACCACCAUGGACUACCGUGUAAAUAUCUUCCUCCGUCAGCAGUGGAACGACCCCAGACUCGCCUAUUCUGAAUACCCAGAUGAUUCUCUGGACUUGGACCCCUCUAUGUUAGACUCCAUCUGGAAACCGGACCUGUUCUUUGCCAAUGAGAAGGGGGCCCACUUUCACGAAGUCACAACAGAUAACAAACUGCUCAGGAUAUUUAAGAAUGGGAAUGUUUUGUACUCUAUAAGGUUAACAUUAACUCUCUCAUGUCCCAUGGAUCUUAAAAACUUCCCUAUGGAUAGUCAGACCUGUAUCAUGCAGCUGGAGAGCUUUGGCUACACCAUGAAUGACCUGAUCUUUGAGUGGCAGGAGAAUGGAUCAGUGCAAAUGGCCGAAGGCCUCACGCUGCCACAGUUUCUUCUAAAAGAUGAGUCAGAUCUCAGAUACUGCACCAAGCACUACAACACAGGUAAAUUUACUUGCAUUGAAGUGCGGUUUCACCUGGAGCGUCAGAUGGGCUACUACCUGAUCCAGAUGUACAUCCCUUCUCUGCUCAUUGUCAUUCUGUCCUGGGUCUCCUUCUGGAUCAACAUGGAUGCUGCCCCAGCCAGAGUGGCACUGGGCAUCACCACUGUCCUCACAAUGACAACACAGAGUUCAGGUUCCCGCACUUCACUGCCCAAGGUCUCUUAUGUUAAGGCCAUAGACAUCUGGAUGGCAGUGUGUCUUCUCUUCGUCUUCUCUGCACUGUUGGAGUACGCCGCCGUCAACUUUGUGUCAAGGCAACAUAAAGACCUGCUGCGUUUCAGACGGCAUCCUAAGAGCAAGAGCAAGAUCAGUGGAGGUGGUGUUGAUCCAGAGGAGCUAGCUUAUUCCCUCCGUCGUGUUAAUGUUGACAACGGCCUCAAACCAACAGGCCCUCCUUAUGGAUCUAUGACCAACGUCUACACCACCAACCACAGGGAAGGGGAAGUGCAUGAGAACAGACUGACCUCUACAGCCGCUGUGACCUCCACUCCAAGGAACAGCAAGGGCCGGAAGGGCAGCGCCAACAAUACUGUUACUGUACUGAACACCCCAGGAGCCACAGCAAACGCUGCCCAGAAACCACCUGGGGAAGCAGCAGGUGGAGGGGGUAAAAGCAUCGAAGAGAUGAGGAAGUUAUUUAUCGACAGAGCCAAAAAGAUUGAUACUGUGUCGAGGGCCGGCUUCCCUCUGGCCUUUCUCUUCUUCAAUAUAUUCUACUGGGUUCUUUAUAAGAUACUUCGACGUGAAGAUGUACAUAUGCGAUAGAGAAAGAAAGUACAGAGAUUAUUUAUUUACAGUACAUGCACAUGCAUCCUUAUACCGCUAUUCAUACCAGGACUUCAUUAACUACCUUCAUUUCCCUUUUCCUUCACCCUGACCCAUUUAUAAAACAUUCUGAAAGCAUAAAGCUCAUAUCAGUUCUCACAAAUAAUGAACAAAAACAGAAAAUGUAAAGCCAAUUCAAAGAGGACAACCUCUGCAGUAGCAGAAUGAUGAGACUAUUUAUUAAGUAUACGGCAGAGUGCUCUGUAAAAGAUGCAUAAACAUACACAGCAUAUGGAUAUGUGUCCUAUAAAUUCAGAAUUUAUAAGUGGCCCAUAUGACUCAAAACCUUAAAUAUCAUCAAUGUGAUGAGGAAUGGAAGAAGUUGAAAAUGAGGAAGAGCCCUGGGAUCCAUGGGGAACACUUCAUAAUAACUGCAGGCUAUGAAGCAUUAGUAAAUUAUGAGUAAAUAUGAAUUCAUCAUUAAUAAAGCAUCGUUCACCACAUUACUACACAUACACAUCUAUAAAUGUUUAAUUGUUGAUUAAUAAGCUCAUCUUUAUUGUUUUGAUUUUAUUUUCCUAUGUUAUAAACAAAGGAUUCCCCCAUUUCUAAAUUAAGUAUUAUUUCAAUCACAAACCAAUUAUUUUAGAGUUGUCAAUAGUUCAUUAGAUCGUUUAUAAAGUGUAAGAAAUGAUUUAAAUGUACAUGUAUGCAUGCAUUUAUUCAUAUAAUGAUUUAGACACUAAUUAGGGAGUGUGUUGAUAUAUAUUUUAGAAACACAAUCUAACUGCAAUUCAUGAUUAAUUCAGGUAGUAACUAGUCAUUAAGUAUUUUGUGUGGCCUCAUUUAAAGUGAGGACUAUCUAUGCCUUACAAAGUAUUUACAAAUGACAUUGAAAAGCUGGCAAUACCUCAAAACUCACAACAGUCUCAGUCAGUCUUCUAUCUUCUUCAGUUAUCUACAGAGUUAUCUACAAAGCACAUAGACACAAUACAACAUGAUGAAAAGCAUAUAAACAUUUAUUGCAAGAUGCUAAAAAAUGUACUGGUAAAAACAUACCAUCAGCCUUUCAUUUAUUUAUAAAAACCAACAUCCACAGAUUCUCCUUCAGGAGAACAUGGCUGGAUAUAAAACAUGUGUAACUGUACAAAUGUGCCGUUGAUUUAAAAGGAAAAUAAACCUCUGCAAUCUCAUGUCAAAUUAAAUUCUGUCAAGGGUAAACAUGGCUUAAUACAAAUUCAAUAACGCCAACAAUAGCCACAAAUAAAAUCUUAAUAAAAUAAAGACUUAAUAAAAUCUUUCACAGUAUCAAUUCAAUUCAACAAUCUCGCAAACAUUUGACAGAACCAUUGCUGAUCUAAGCCAAGUUUUGAUCUUUCCCAUUUCUACAACUUCAGAGUAGAUGUGAAAACCUUCCUAGUUCCUAGGUCAGCUCCUUUACUCUCCUACCCCGGACAUGCUUGAAAGCAGCAGACAUGGUCCCUCCUCUACCGCACUCCCUCAGAAUUGUUUUGUACCGGGCCACCACCCGUUCCUUUUCUUGGUCAGCGAUUAAGAGAACACGCAGACCAAACGGAAUGUAUGCUUGCGAGUCACACGCUCACAUUCUGUUUCAAUCUACAGCGAGAUCAGAGUGGUUGCAACUGAGAGACCUACAUGUAGAUGGUUUACCAGGUCAUUCCUCUCUAUCCAGAAUGGGAUUUCUUACAGCAAGACUGGUUAGUUAGCGCCAUCAACAAAUGCACACGCAAUGCCACGUCAUGCCAGGAGAGCAACAAUUGUACAGCAGAGAUAAGCAUGAGCCGACCGGAAACCCAGCAAGUGAAACGGGGUGAAAGUAACGUUAGCGGUUUAACACUUCAGACUUCUUCCCAUACCUUUUUCCAUUCCCCUUCCUCUUCUUCUUGUCCCCCUCUAAUGAGGACGUUAGAGGAGGAGUCAGACAGAGUAUCAGAGGAAGAUUCCACUGAGCUUUCACAAGAGGAAUUUGAAGACAUGUGGAUUGCUUGGGAGGUACAUGUGUCUUCUUAUUUUAAGAACUGUUUAAACGGAUGCAAAUACAAACACAAGGCUCACAGCACAUAUGUCACAAAGGAACACGUGUGUAUGCAUAUCCUACUACAAUCACAUUAUAAGACCCAACUGUACUAUCUUGUGACUACAUACUGUGUGUUCAGAGACUUACCUGAUGCCAACUGUUCUUUCAGAUAGUCUCUCUCCAUGGUUAGCUCAUCAAUCUUCUCCUUUUGUCACUCUGCCCUCAGCUUACACACCUACAACACAUGGGAUUUUUAUUUUUUUUGGGUUGCCAGUAGUGCAGUAGGGGUUAUGGACACACCUAAUAGAAAGUAAUUGUGUAUUAUUGAAUACAUCUAGAAUGCUCUAUUUCCCUUAUCUGCUGGUCUCGGCAUGCUAUAAGCCUAAAAUAUAUGAAUCACUACAUUCAUAUGAACAAAUAAAUGGUCAUCCAACGUUAACAUGCUGUGACGGAGAAAUGUGCAUACCUCUACAUUUAACAUAUUUUAGGUGAAUUAGGUAGAAUUGUAUUUCUCAGUGAAUGCUUUGGGGUUUAUGUCAAUGCCGAGAUUUGAAACAAGAUUCUAGACAAAAUUGACCGAAUUCUUUCUCGGCUUGGCCGAUGAUGCAAUCGUACCCCAGCGGGCUAAACAAAAGAUUUGUUCUCUCUGAUAUCAAAAGACAUACAGUAUCGUUACAUCGUGAAGUUGUCCCCUGGAUUGCUCUGUUUACAACUGAGUUGACGCGGUUACGUGUGCCAGUCUCAGGACCUCCAGCUAGUGACUAGCUUGCUAGUGACCCCUUUCUGAGCCGGGUCAACAUGCCCUUUCAACUUUGGUCAGGGGUUUUCCUUUGUCCCACGUUGAUGAAAGCAUGAUUGUGACUUAUUAGUAUCAUUGUUUUUGCUAACAAUGAGCAGAUUCACUUGGCGAAAGAGGAUUGUUAAUGAUCACAUCGCUAAAAAAACACAAAAAGACACCCUGAAGCUGAUAAAGUGGCUUCAGAAGAGGAGAUUGCUAAAAACAAAAGUCAAAUGCAGAAUAUGCCGUCGGGACAUGAAACUGAAGAAGAGGGCAAACAGUGGAGAUCGAUAUGCUUGGUAUGAACUAAAUGAUUAAAUAAUUAAAUGUAGACUAACAUCAACGCUGCUGGCUGUGUGUUGAUGUGUGUGUGGCAGUGCAGGGCGUUGGGGCGUAUAGAAUUGCAUGAGGCCCCUUUCUAACAAACUAUUAUAUGUCACUGUUCUUUUUAAAUAGGAUCUAAGGACAAGCAGCACAUAUGGAGAAGGGAAAAACUAAUUUUUGUCAGGCACAAGUCACACUUCAGUCGCUCAAAGAUCUCCCUGAGUAACUGUAUGCAAUUCAUGUGCAAGGAGGCAAGCAAUAACGAUAAUAACAUAGUCAUAGGCUCACAACAUUCCAGUUCUUUGUAAUGGAUAGGACUUUUUGUCAAUGAUUUUUACAGACACCUAAACAUUAGUAAAACCUAAAACAUACUUUUUUUAUUUGCCUCUGAAGAUUUUCUCAGGGUUUACGACUACGGCAGAUUGACAUGAUGGGUCACACCACUGUAGCCCGUUUAGCAACUUAGUAAAAUGGUUUUAAAAAAUAAGGAAGGUCUGUGUCACAGCAGUUGAAAGGUUAAGAAGGCGUGCAGGCCAGCCGAUUGGUAGGAGAAGGGAGUUUGUUGUGAUUGAUGAGAGCCCUUUUUUCUGCACAAAAGAAAGGUGUGUUUUAAUAACAAUCACUUUAAGUAAUCGUGAAAUAUAGUCAACCAAGUUAUAGUUAGGAUAAAGUAUCUGUUUACGUGUUUGUUUUGUUUCUGCAUCGGUAUGGGAGAGGAAGAAUGGCUGGUUGGUGGGAAAGAAAGAAGUGGGUCUUUGAGUGGGUCUUUGGGAUGUUAGGUGUGAGGCAUCACCAAGGGUGAGGAUCUGGAAAGCCUAUUCUGCAUCUAGUGGGGAGAAGAUCUAGUCCCCUUGAUUGCCCAUCAUGUGAGGCAUGGAUCAUCAACUGUCAGUGACAUACUCCCUGCACUAGGGUACAACCAUCACACUGUCAUCCACAGCAGGUGGUAUAUAGAUCCCCACACUUCUGCCCAUACCCACCAAAUUGAGAGGGCCUGGAAAUCCUACAGGGAGCAGAUCCAGAGGCUUAGGGGAAACCACACCGAGGCUACAUCCACACUACUACGUUUUCGUUUUUAGUACGCAUGUCUUUUGCUACGUUCCUGCCUGGCGCCCACACUACUACUAGUUUUAGAACCCCAAAAACGGAGGCGUUUGAAAAUGCUACCGAAGUCGUGUUGGUUUGAAAACAGGGUUGUGGUGUAGUGUGGACGGGCAGAAACGGGGACCUUUGCAAACGAUGAGGUAGACACCCACGUUCGCUACUUGAUUGGAUCUUAGCAGUCACGACGUGUCCUUCCCUGAUUGGUCACGCCGCCAUAAGAAAAC